AUGUUCGGCAAGAUUUUCGGGAAGCCGAAGGAGCAGCCGACAGUCCGGGCGUCCCUUGACAAGUUGUCGGAGACGCGUGAAAUGCUGGAGAAGAAACUCAAGGUCCUCGAGAAGAGAGUCGCUUUGGAGCUGCAAAAGGCCCAGGAAUUUUCGAAACAGAAGAACAAGCGAGCCGCCAUCCAGUGCCUGAAGAAGAAGAAGCUGUAUGAGAAUCAAAUCGAUGCGCUCAACAACUAUAUCUUCCGCCUGCAAGACCAGGAGGUGAAUCUGGAGGGUGCAAGUGUCACUGUGGAGAUGAUGAGUGCAAUGAAGGAGUCGGCGCAGGCCAUCCAAGGCGUGCAGAAGAAGAUGAACAUUGACGAUGUGGACAAGACAUUGGAUGAGAUCAACGAGCAGUCGGAGAACAUGAAGCAGAUCCAGGACGCCCUCUCACAACCUGUGGGCAUCGCCGCCGAUCUUGACGAGGACGAGCUUAUGGCGGAGUUGGAGGAGCUGGAGGCACUGGAGUUGGACGAGCAACUGCUGCAACCAGCUGCUGCUGUGCCCACACAGCCGCUGCCUUCCGUGCCCAAGAAGGCUCCGGCUCAAAAGGCACCUACCGAAGAGGAGGACGAACUGGAGAAGAUGCGUGCGGAAAUGGCCAUGUGA